UUCCAGCGGAGGCGGGCGGCAAUGGCAGCGUGGAGCACAAUGCAUGUGUGCUGGCUUGUGAGCAAAGAUAGAGCCUGUCAGCGAAUUAAACUGCCACAUUUAGAAAUGGUGGUGAUAGGGCGUGGGCCCGAAACAGAGAUAACAGACAAGAAGUGUUCCCGAAGACAAGUACAGCUAAAAGCAGACUGCAACAAAGGGUAUGUCCAGGUUAAACAGAUAGGAGUCAACCCAACCAGCGUUGACCUAGUGGAUAUUGGCAAGGACCAGGAAAUUAAACUGAAGCCAGGGCAAAUUCUCCAUAUCGUCAACAAUCUGUACCCGUACAUCGUGCAGUUCUCGGAGGAAAUGGGGGCUUGUGGUGGUAAGGAGGCGGUGGAGCCUAAAGGGGGGAAAAGACCACAGGAUGAACCUGAGAAUGGUGGCAUGGAAAGCAUGCCAGGCAAACACGCGAAAAUGGAGCAAAUGGCCCCUCAAGUCUGCGAUUCAAGCUGCAGCAGUAGUUCUGUUUCUUCAAGUGGAAGCUCUGUCAACAAAAAGGAAUGUUUGGAGUUCUGGGCUCGAGGUUUGAAGGUUUCCAUGCAAAACCCAGAUAUGCAGGUCUACAAGGAUGAAAAGGCUGUCGUUAUAAAGGACAAGUAUCCGAAAGCUCGCUAUCACUGGUUAGUGCUGCCGUGGCAACCCAUCUCCACCUUGAGUAAAGUAACUCAGGAGCAUCUCGAACUUCUGGAGCACAUGCAUGCCCUUGGAGAGAAGGUUGUCCAGCAGUGCCCUGAGAAAGACAGCUUGCACUUCAGACUGGGCUACCAUGCCAUUCCCAGCAUGAGCCAACUGCAUCUUCACGUCAUCAGCCAAGAUUUUGAUUCCAGUUGCUUCAAAACCAAGAAGCACUGGAACUCUUUUACAACAGAGUACUUCAUAGACUCCAAAGAUCUGAUUGCGAUGGUGAAGAAGAAAGGGAGAGUAACUGUAGACAAGGACGUUGCCAAACUCUUGAACCUGCCUCUGAAGUGUCACAUGUGCAAACGGCAGCAACCAAAUAUCCCCCAGUUAAAAGAGCACCUGAAGGAACAUUGGCCAAAAUAAUAUGAAGAACGGCCCUUCUGAUCCGCUUGCUACGUUUUGCUGAUCGUUGGGUUAACCGGAUUCCACAGUUGACAUGCUCAUUUUAAUUCAAAGACCAUACCAAGUUGCUUAUUAAAAUGCCCACAAAGGCGCAAGUAUUUAGAAUGGCC